CCGGUUAUUGCCCGAUUAAAAAGGAAACCCUUAAUUUACUAUCCCUUUUAAGCUGACCGUGCUUUUGGCCAUGCAAACUAAAAGACAACUAUGGGUUUCCCUACUACUAAAUACACCCUUCAUGAGCGGAGAUUACGCAGGACUGCAACAACCACCGAAACAGGCGGGCUGCUGAGUCAAGACAUUGGAGUUUCAGGAGGAGAAUCCCCAAUACAACGAAAGAUGGGCGUCUACAAGGGCCGGACUAGGCAAGCUGUCGUACCGUUUGGUGUGGAUGGGUGGAAGAUCGAUGACUUGUUUGGGGCAGGUGCUCUGGGUCCGAUACCAUGGCGGAAAGCACGGAAUCGAAUCAAAAUCUACCUCCACCGGUGUUAUGCAGCACCUUCCAAUCCGAGGAGUGAGACCCCGCUAAAUGGGCGCCAAAUGAACCAGGAUGACUGCGAAUUGUAUGGGACGAGUGGUUUUAGUUCGAGUCUUGGGGUCAUCCAGGAAGGCAUCAUCGUUUCGCAGUGGAGAGUGUAUGGUAUUGUUAUGGCCGAGCGGUGGGUUUCUCGCUUGCAGAGAGAGAAGAGAGAAGGAGAGACUUGAGGGAGA